AUGGGCUGCCUCAUCUGCCCGUGCGCGGUCCAGGCCGCUAUCGGCCCGUGGCUCCAGGGGGCGGGGUGCACCAUCCGCGACCAAUGCGACCUGGAGGGCUCGGGCAUCUCGCGACGCUUUGUCCUCCGCUUCAAAGGCGACAUGGACGCAACAUUGGACUCGCGCAUCCGCCAUGCCUUCGGUGCACUGCGGGAUGACCGCGGCACAUGGCGCCGCUUUGCCGUCGAGCUUCCUCUUGGUCGGUCGGUCCCGCUCUUCAUCGGGCUCGACAAGAAUCGGCGCGCCCAGACCAGGGAGCUGGCCGUCAAGAGGGUUGUGCGUGCUCUGUCUGAGCACCUCGGUGCCCGCCUCUUUGGGGGCCGUGACUCGGGCGUGGUCAGCCACCAGUGGGAGCCCCUGGUAUCUAUCGUCGUGGGCCCCGUCGAGGUGCCGAGGAUCCGCUGGAACAACGCCAAGCUCGCCGACAUGCGAUUGGAGAAGGGCCCGCUCGACACUUUGGUCAAUAAUCUCUCCCUGCGUCCCACCGUCAAGUGGGAUGGGUGCUGGUCAGCCCUGCCCGGUGCCAUCUGCAAGGCGAUCAGCGGCCACCCGUGGAAGGGAGGGCCGACCUGGGGACUCGCUCUGGCGCCAGAUCUGGAGAGGCAUGACGGAGGCAUCUGCAAGGACCCUCUCUUUGCCAAGGUGGUUGCGGAUUGCGAGAAACUGUGCGGGAUCCAGUCCAUCGUGCCCCCUGUGGAGAAGCUGUGGGUGGCCACGAAGUGUCGGCAGAUUGCAGGACGCCUCGCCCGCAACCACCAGCUGCAGCGUAUAUCGAAUGGCAAGUCACAGAGGGCGACUUCCGUGGCCUCCACUCGGAUCUACAGCGGCAGGAAGCGCAGGAGCGGGCGUCUGCGCUCCAACGUGCACAAGCUGCUGCAGAUCGGCCUGCUGAUGUCCGCCGUCUCGCUGCUCAACGCCGUGCUGCGCAGCGGCGCGCUCGACGUCGUCACCCACACGCUGCAGGAGAGGAACUGCGCCCUCGGCAAGCACUGGGCGAAGAUCUUCCAGCGCGAUCCACCGCUGCACCAGGCUCUCGACAAUUGCACCUCCCUGGCACCAGCGCUCGAGGGCGCCCUCGAAGGUCGACGGGCGCAGGGGGGCUUCGACGAUUGCGGCCCUCGCUCCGCGGGCUCUGAGCGCCUCGACCUCGACAGCAUGGCCAUCGCGGGCGUGCACACCUUCCUCGAUGGCUUCGGCAUCCGGCCGGCUGAUUUGCCGCAUGCUGAUGUGACUGAGGUCGCGUCCCGGCUUGGGCGCCCUGCCGCGGUGCACCCCGACGCACCCCUCGCUGCCCGUGCGCGGGACGAGCUCGUCAGCUGCGUCCUUCAGCUCUGCCCCGGGCGAGCCGGCCCCUGGGUUACCGAGCUGUCCGCGGAGGCGGUGUUUGACUUCCACGCCGAGGUAGACGAUGCCCCUGGCGGCCAUAUGCCCCUGCUGCUCGCGAGCCAGGACCCUGCUACGGAGGGGCAUGACUGGGGCGGUCGGCGGCGGCUUGCCGCGAGGGCGUACCGCGGCCUCGCCGCCCUCGCGGCGACGCGCCUCUGGGGCCGGCUGUCAGCAGCGCGCCAGGCACGCCUGCUGGCCGGCGGUGGGCUCGGAGCCGGUGCCUUCUGGAAUGGUUUUCUGCGCGAGGGGGAGACGGCGCUCACCGACGCCGCUUUCGUGGUCAUGUUCCGGCGCCGCCUUCUCCUCAACUUGCUGAGCGCCCCGGUGGCGUGCGCCUUCCGUUAUUCGGGCGCCGCCGGCGACGAGCGCUCGGGCACGUGCUGUGGGCGGCCCCUCGACGUCGCGGGCUUGCAUGCCUUGCAGUGCCCUGUUUGGGCACACCGCAUACGGCUGCACAACGAGACCGUGCGGAUCCUGGCGGAGUGGAUCUCAUCGCACGGCGGUUACGCCGACCAGGAACGCUGCGUGCCAGAACUUUACCAGCAGGAGGCUGGCGGCGAGCUGCGCGAGGCCCGCUUGGACCUGGUGGUCAGUUGGCCAGGCAUGCCAGUGCCAGUCUGGGUGGACGUUACGGUCCGCUCCGCCGAUCCCUCGGGGCCAGGAGCACGCACGAUCGGCCAUGCCGCCAUUGGCGCUGAGAGGCACAAGCGGGAGCGUUAUGGCGACGCCGUCGUGCCCUUCGCUGUGGAGGCCGAGGGGCGGCUCGGCCCACAGGCGCAGCGCUUCGUCGCGGACAUGGCAGCCGCGGCACGCCGCGUUGCCGUGCUCCCUGGCGAGGCGAGCGGGCGCCUGGGCAGCGACUUCGCGCGGAAGCUCUCGGAGCGGUUGUCAGGUGCCUUGACGGCCCGGAUGGCCGACCUUCUGUUGGCCGCGGCAGAGGGCGCUGGCGUGGGGCCGUGGCUGGGGGCGCGCCAGCUGCUGGC